GGCUUUGCACGCAACAACGUAGUAUGGAGUUCGCUUUUCACGAGCAUGAACGAGGCACGGAGUGAGCUGCCGCCGCUCGCACGCUCCAACUCGCAGACAAUCAACGUGGUUGACGUGAGAGAACUCGCACCACCGAAUGCCUCGGCACUGCACGGGCUCGUGAUUCCCAAGCUCGCCCAUCUCAUGCGCAGCGGAACGACCGUCAACGCCAGCUGCGCGGGUAUCAACGCCAUGCCCGCGUCGACGCGCCAAGGCAAGCGGGCUUGCGGCGCGUCCAGCCAGCGGCCUCGGAAACGCUGGUCCCUUCCCAAAGCCGCAAAGAACGGCGCCAUGCUUGUCCCAGAUGUAUCCUCGUCGACGCUGUCGUCGCGACGAUCCAGUGUUGACAUUUUUGCACCGGGCGAUGAGGUGAGUGCAGUCCCCUUGACUCGUGCGACUUUACUUCGACACAACACGGCCACUCUCGGCUUGACCCCACUCGGGCCCGACCACAUGCAGCGCCGAGCCAAGCUCGUCCAGAAGAGCACCUUUGAGUUGAUUGCACAAGCCAGCGCAGUUGAAUUCUAGAUGUCCUUCCCAUGUCAAUGCAGUAGAAAUACGGAGACGA